AUGGCAGAGAUACAGAAUACAGUCGAUGAGUUUAAGAAGAUAAAAGAGGAGGAUGUUCCAAAGGUGGAGAGGCCUACGGAAGUCGCGAUGCCAAAGGAAGAGUUGCCGAAGUUGAGUGCGAAGGAGUUCAGGGUGUAUAAUCAUAUGGCGGAGCAUAUGGAUAUGUUUCAUGAGAACUUCAGAAGAACAUGGAAUACAAUGUACAAAGCCUGCACCACCAACAAACGCCCCUCCGGCAUGUCAAUCCGCCAAUUCCUCUCACUCGGCGACCAAUUCUGCCACCACCUCACCAUCCACCACACGAUCGAAGAACAACACAUCUUCCCCGUCCUCGCCAGGAAAAUGACGUGCUUUCAAGAAAACCAGGCGAUGCUUACAGACCACAAAGGCAUCCACGAGGGCGUGAAUCAGCUGGAGGGGUAUAUAGCGGAUGUGAAGAGCGGGGAGAAGGAGCUGGAUUUGAGGGAGUUGAAGCGCGUUAUGGAUGGGUUUGGGGAGACUUUGCCAUGA